AUGUACAAAAAAGGCCAAUAUUUCAAGUUCAACAAACUACAAAAACUCAAGCUCAACAAACACCACAAACUCAUGCUCAACAAAAACCAAAACCUCAAGUUAAACAUGCACCAAAAACUUCAGUUCAAAAAUGACACUACUUUUUCAAAACACAAACCAUACUCAAGCUCAACAAUUGCUACACACUCAAAUUGUAUAUACACCACAAACUCAAGUUCAAGUAACACCAAUAUCUCAAGUUCAACAAAUGCCACAACUUCAAGAACAAAAAACACCACAAACUUGAAGUCAACAAAGGCAACAAACUCAAGUUCAACACACGCCACAAACUCAACUUCAGCAAAUGCCAAUAAACUCAAGUUCAACAAAUGCCACAACUUCAAUUUCAAAAAACACCCCUAA